CUGAGGGUAAAUUUGCAAUCGCGGUACGAAAAAAGCGAAAAUUCAUUUAAUUUUCGACAAAACACUCUAGAGAAGCGAGUUCUCCGUUCGUCGCAACUGCAAUAAUCGUCCAAAGUUCCUGCGUUAUCGGGAUUGAAGGAGGAUUCAACGUAAACUGCAAGAAAACUCGGCAAUCGGAAUUUUCCAUGUUUUUCGUGUAAAGUAAAAAAAGGAAAAAGAAUCCAGAAAAAAGAUGUUUAGAUUUAUGAGACCGCAACGAUCGCGGAGCGUCAUCAACGAGGACGAACGACGAGAAGCCUUCGAGAGACUCAAUGAGAAGCCCGUCGACGACAUCAGUCUCGAUUUGUUCUACAAACCGCACACCAUCACGCUACUCGCCGUUUCCAUAAUUGCCGUCAUGUAUUUCGCCUUUGUCAGAGACGAAAAUGACUUGCAAGAGAAUAUUUGGGCUGGCAUGCUUUGUGUGGUUUUCUUCUUUCUCAUAAUCUCAGUGCUGACAUUCCCGAAUGGACCGUUUACGAGACCCCAUCCGGCGGUGUGGCGCAUCCUUUUUGGGCUUUCUGUGAUUUAUUUGCUGCUUUUGAUGUUCCUCAUGUUCCAAAGCUACGAGACAAUUAACGGCAUCAUCUUCUGGUUCUUCCCGGAACUCAAAAACUUCCAUAUCGAUCAAGAGAAGGAAUAUGGAGUCAAUUGUUCCGAUUUGACGUUCGAGCGAUUUUGGAACAAUGUGGAUGUUUUUGCCACGGGUCACUUUCUCGGAUGGACCUUCAAAGCGCUCCUCAUUCGACACAUGGGAAUUUUAUGGGCAAUUUCGGCCAUGUGGGAAAUCACGGAAAUCGCAUUUGCUCAUUUGCUUCCCAAUUUUGUCGAAUGUUGGUGGGAUGCCGUCAUUCUCGAUGUGAUUCUCUGCAACGGCUUCGGCAUUUGGUGCGGCUUGAAGAUGUGUCAGUUGCUGGAGAUGCGCGAAUACAAGUGGGCAAGCAUCAAGGACAUAUCAACGACACGCGGCAAGAUAAAGCGUGCCGUCAUGCAAUUUACGCCCGAAAGUUGGACGCAUGUUCGAUGGCUCGAUCCCAAAUGCACGUACAUGCGUUUCCUCGCCGUUUGUCAACUCGUAAUUUUCUGGCAAGUCACGGAGCUCAACACGUUCUUCUUGAAACACAUUUUCGAGAUGCCGCCAUCGCAUCCCCUCGUCAUCGGAAGAUUAUUGCUCGUGGGACUGUUUGUGGCUCCGUCCGUGCGACAAUAUUACAUUUAUAUCACGGAUACACGAUGCAAGCGAGUUGGCACGCAAUGUUGGGUCUAUGUCGCCAUCAUGUUCUCCGAAGCAAUUUUAUGCAUCAAAAAUGGUCGAGAGUUGUUUGGAAGAACGCAAGCUCUCAAUAUCAUCGUUUGGCUUCUCAUCCAAUUCGCCAUUUCGAUUCUCUUCAUUUACGGAUGCGUCGUUUGGCACCGGAUCUUCGACAUGAACGAGAAUGCGCCGUCCAGCGAACAACAAUCGCCCAGCAAGAAGGAUGCCACGCCAACCUCGUCGUCCUCCGCCAGUUCCUCGAGUCAUCAAAUUAGCAACAAGGGCGGCGAAAAGGAAGAUUAGAAGAAGACUUAAACAAAUUCUAGUAGUAAUAGCGGUAAUUAAGACGAAAAUUUUUAUCUUCAACGAAUCUACGCUUUCAUCACGUGCUCGAGUUAUGCAUUGCCUUGCGAUCUGUGCAUUCAAAAUGCAAGAAACCGAAAUUAAGACUAGAAAAUUUUAAAUUUGUGCUUUGCUGUUAGAAAAUUUAAUAGAAUGUAAGAAUGUUCAUCCACGCGACAAAAAGCUCUAGUCGUAACUUUCAAACAAAAAAUAUAUUUCAAUAAUAGUUAGUUGUUAUAAAAUUUAAGAAAGCGAUCAAAAAAAAAGUUAAGAUCAUACACCAAAGAAAUUAUUACCAACGAGCACUUACAAGCCAUUUCAUCACCACACUUAACUUUUUGAUUUUUGAAGAUAAAAAAAAAACAAAAAAUAUAGACGAGACUCAAUAUAAUUUAAUAGCGAUUCGAUGUACAAAGUUGUAAUGUAUGAAUGAUGAAAAAAAUCACGUAAAAUAUUUAAGAAAAAAGAUUUUAAAUAAAAAUAAAAUUGAAAUUAAUUAUUUAA